AUGUGCUCUAGUGGAUGUUGCUCUACCGGAUGCUGCUCCGUCGUGAAGAGCAAAACGGUGUGCUGCAGCCAGCCAUGCCAGAAGACCAUCUGCUGCGACCCAUGCCAGAAGACCGUCUGCUGCAGCCCAUGCCAGCAGUCCUGCU